AUGUUUGCGUCGACAUUGUCGAAGAAAGGCGCGCCGCUCCACUCGAUCCGUGAAAUAUUCAAGACGGAAGAAACUGGUAACGAGGGCGCACGAGACGAGCGCACACGAUCCACUCCUGCUUUAAGCACGUGA